UCAACGGUAUAUUUUAAAUUUAUAACGGGUUUAUGCCUUUAUGGUUUAUCUUAUUAUUAUACACGUGGAAACCGAUAUUCCUUCACAAGUUCACAUGAUUUUUCAGUUCUAGUGAAAUUAGAAUAAUUGGCUUCUCUCGUAAAUAAAUUUUCUGUUAGAAUGGAUUCCAAGGACUUAAUAAAAGGAUGGAAGAAGUGUGAAAUAUGUAACAAAACUUUUGUAAGCAUGUCAAACUUUAGAACUCACAUUAAAUUAAAGCACCCAGAUGAUGUAGAAAAAUUAGAUCCAGGAGCAAAACCAUCUGCAAAAUGUAAUGUUUGCAAUAAAUCCAUUGAUAAAAGGUAUAUGACCAAGCAUCUAAAACUCAAACAUCCAGAAUUAGAAGAGACUUUGCCUAGCACUAGUAAAAAGAUUUAUGACUGUACACUGUGUCACAAAAAGUUUGACACAUUACAGGCAUCUUUAAAACACAAUCAUAAACGUUUGAAAAUGUUGAGAUGCAGUUUAUGUGAAUAUGAAAAUCCAUCACAAGAAAAACUUAUAUCGCAUAUGAAAAUGCUGCAUAGUAUUGAUAUAAACAGUCAAAAUUUAACAUUUGAUUCUGUAGAAAAAUUUGAGCAAUGGAAAGCAGAACUAGAAAAAAGCACUGUAUCAAAAUAUAAUAUUACACAUGGUUCAUAUGUAACACAGAAAUAUAAAAGAUCCCAAUACAAUUUAUUUGUAAAAUGUAUACACUAUGUGUUCUUGAUAAACAUUAAGUAUAAUAUAUUUAUAUUAUUUAUUAACAUAGUAUGUACAGUUACGGCCAGUGAAUAGUUUACAGGCUGGCUUAUCUAGGAGCCGAUUUUUUAAAUUUUUACCUCAU